CCUUCCGCGUCGGUGAUGCUGCCCCUACUGCGCUGCGCGCCCCGCGCCCUGGGCUCCGCCGUGGCCGGCCUCCGCGCCGCCGCGCCCUUCCCGCCGCUCCGGCGGCUGCUGCAGCCGGCGCCCCAGCCCUGCGCCCGGCCCUUCGGGCUGCUCAGCGUGCGCGCGGGUUCGGAGCGGCGGCCCGGCCUCCUGCGGCCCCGCGGGCCCUGCGGCUGCGGCGGGCUGCACACUGAAGGAGACAAAGCAUUUGUUGAGUUCCUGAAUGAUGAAAUUAAGGAGGAGAAGAAAAUCCAGAAACAUAAGUCCCUCCCCAAGAUGUCUGGAGGCUGGGAGCUGGAAGUGAAUGGGACAGAAGCUAAAUUAGUGCGGAAAGUUGCUGGGGAAAAGAUCACUGUCACCUUUAACAUUAACAAUAGCAUCCCACCAACAUUCAGUGGGGAGGAGGAGCCCUCACAAGAGCAGAAGGCUGAAGAACAAGAGCCUGAACUGACAUCGACUCCCAAUUUUGUGGUUGAAGUUAUAAAGAAUGAUGGCAAGAAGGCCCUCGUUCUGGACUGCCAUUAUCCGGAGGAUGAGGUUGGACAAGAGGAGGAGGAGGAGAGUGACAUUUUCUCCAUCAGGGAAGUGAGUUUUCAGUCCCCUGACAAGUCCGAUUGGAAGGACACUGAGUACACACUCAACACCGAUUCCCUGGACUGGGCCUUGUAUGACCACCUAAUGGAUUUCCUUGCGGACCGAGGGGUGGACAACACUUUUGCAGAUGAGUUGGUGGAGCUCAGCACAGCCCUGGAGCACCGGGAGUACAUUACUUUUCUAGAAGACCUCAAAAGUUUUGUCAAGAGCCAGUAGAGCAGGCAGAGACACUGAAAACCUAAAUUUAUGGCAGCCUUUGGCAAGUGAACAAAACCUACUCUAAAGGCCAGACACAGUGCUUUGAAGUGGUUAUCAUCCUCGUAUCAUGGGAAGAAAUUCAAACUUGAAUUAUUUCUAUUGUACUCUUGUUUACUAUUCAUUUAUUCCUUCUCUACAAAUCUAUUUCUAGUUUUUUUUUUUUUUCUUUUUUUGGUAUAACAUAAUGGACAAUAAAACUGGCUUAUCCCUU